AUGCCUGCAGAGCAGGGUCCAAAUCGGGCGGUGGAUGCCUUUGUCGGCGCAAUCCGCGAACUAGCCUCCGAUGAUAACUACAAGAUGAUUGCGGACGUGUUCAGAGAUGCUCAGAAACUCAAAGCUGAGAACACACGUCUGGUAUCCUCGUCUCGAGAUGUCCUAGAGGAGUACCGCAAAUUUCGGAAUGAGCUGGAAGCGAAAGAGGCCAAACUGAUGGACGAAAAGGCCCAACUGCAACAAGACAUAGGCAAAAGGGAUGCACAGAUUCAGGAGCUUGAGAAAAACAACACCAAACUUGACGCCAAGUUUCAGAAGAGCCGGCGAAAGUUGGAUGAGGAGAGCCAAAAAUGUCUCGAGCUCGCCGAGAAGAUGAACGAGCUGGAGGCAACUGCCGGCAACCUCAAAGCAUCGCUUGAUGAGGGAGCUGAACUCACAAGUACCUUGGAAGGUACCAGAUCAAGGAUAGACGCUGAGCUUGCCGAGGCUAAAGGGAGUCUGGAAUCGAGAAAUACGGAAUUCGCCAUUCUCGAAGCAGCCAAAGCAGAGGCCGAAGGCCAGCUCGCAGAAGCAAGAACAUCUCUAGAGGUGAAGGCUAGGCAACUGGCAGCUGUAGAGGAAGCAAAAAGCACUGUCGACGCUCAACUCGCCGCUGCUGACCUCAAGCUGGAAGACAAAACAAAGGAAAUCGUGGAGCUCACCGCAAGCAAGGACAAACUGGCAGAGGAGCUGACCGAGGUCCACAGAGAACUCCUUGACAAGUCCAAACAGCUUGAAGACCUGUCGGUGUCGACAUCAUCUUUGGACACCAAACUUUCUGAACUCAUUUCCAAGACGGAAGGCCAUACCCAGGAGCUGGAUGAUGUCUCCCAAGCCAAGGCAAGACUGGAAACUGCGUUGGCCGAUGCCAAAGCCGCACUUGAAGACAAGACCAUGGAGACGGAGGAACUCGCAUUACAAGUGGCGGAGUCAAGUGUCAACUACGACAACAAAGCCGCACAAGUGCAGAGUCUAACGUCACAGCUCGCCGAUGUCAACGGCAGGCUCGAGGCAGGAUCUCAGGAGCUCAAAGAACUCUUCGAGGCGAAAGCAGCAGUUGACGUCGAGUUGACCGAGACUACAGCCAAACUGGAAGCCGAGAGGGAACUAAAGAUGGCCGCAGAAGACGGCUUGAAAACGGCCACAGACAGCCUCCAAAAGGAGGCAGACAAGACAAGCAUCCUAUUGGAUGAAGUCGCCCAUCUUCGACAGACAAUUUCAGACCGAAACCAGGAGGUUGAGAAGUUGAAGGAGAAGGCUGCCCAUGGCGAUGACGACCUCUCUCAGGCGCAGUCGAGCCUGGAGAAGCUGGAGAACGUCAUCCAAGGUCUUGAGCAAGACCUGAAGACCAAGACGGAGAUGCUCGACAAGGUCGACACUUAUCAGGUGCAGCUGAAGCACGAGCCAGAGGAGACAUACGUCGAGGUCCUCGACACAAUCUGGGUCUCCACCCUCGACUUAUGCGAGGCACACUUCAGCCAGGACCUCGACCCCUCGGUCCUGCGCGACCCCUCGUGCUGGGCCAACCUCCGCGCCGCCGACCACCUCCGCCACCAGGCGAUGCGCAUAGCCGCCGUGCUGGCCGCGCUCUCGCGCUCGCUCGCCCGCCACGUCUUCCGCCCCAGCUGGGCGUUCGAGGGCGGCGGCGGCGGCGGCGCCGACGCGGACGCCGCGCUCGGGAAGCUCCUGCGCGGGCUCGAAGCCGCCAGCCCGGAGCAGGAGAGGCACCUCCGCGGGACGCUGCUGGCGGCUGCUGCCGCGGUGCACCACCCAGCCCGCGGCGGGGAGGGCGAGGGGGAGAAGCAGCAGGUACAUGGGGCACACGGCGCUUCCAGCAAGCGCCGCGCCGCCGCCGUCGUCCGCGAGGUGACGUUCCUCGUGCAGCACCUGCUGUCGGCGCUGCAGUACGGGGCGUUCCGCGAGGGGCUCGAGGCGUGCGUGGCGCUGGCGUGCGAGCGCUGGGCGGAGGUGCAGGGCGCGGCCAUGAAGAUCGAGCCGUACUUUGGCCCGCCUUAUGAUGACUUUGACUGGCAGGUGCUGAUGCUGCCCGAGAGGUUCGGGGACGGACAUCUCGGUGACGGCGGCGGCGGCGGCGGGUCGACGAUCGGCCUCGAUGCCGGGAGCGGGACGAUCGGGGGGAGUCCUCGUGGGCCUCCCCCGGAUGUUGCUCAGGAUGCGGCGGUUUCUCCUUCUUCUCCUCCCCCGUCUUCUGCCGCCCGAGAUGACGACGCGUCGACUAUCACCGAGUCAGUCCGGUCUGUCAUUGACCCUGCUGAUAUCAUGAUGGUCCUGUGGCCUACCAUGUGCGCCGUCGAGGGCGGGGAGCUCGUCUCAAUCACCCAGGGGCUGGUCAUGGCCAAGGAGCAGGCUUCCGCCGCCUUCGAGGAGGAGGGGAGGCGGCGGCGGCCUGGGACCAACGGCAAGAGGGCGAGGUCGAUGUCGCAGUCCCGGAACAGUGCGACCGGGAACCCUCACUCCGGCAAGGCUGUCUUGGCCCAGGCGAAGAAGGAGCAUGAUGCCAGUGCAGGCCGUCAAGGUUCUCGCAAUGGCUCUCGAAACGGUCCCCUCGCUGCCGUUGAUUGA